UUUAGCAUUGAGUUUUAGUACUUUCAGGUUAUAAAACCUAACUUUCGAGAAAUGCCAUUCAUGGGCAACUAUCCAUCCAUGGUGGGACAAAGGAUGAGAAAAUUUGAAUGAGCUACUUUACUUUAAGCUUUCAAGUGUUGAUUCUCAGACCAACAAAGACAACAACUUUCCUUAUCGUCUGAGUUUUAAUCCUUUUAUCAUCCAAGGGAAAAAACAAGGGAAGAUAUAAGCAGGAGGAGAGAGGAAGGGAGUCAUGGGGGAUAUUUUCAUAUGGCUUAUUUCUUUCUUCAUCCUCAUUGCUCUUGUUGUUCUCCUCAUUUAUCAGCUCACAUGCUUGGCUGAUUUAGAGUUUGAUUACAUCAAUCCCUAUGACUCUUCAUCGCGGAUAAACAAAGUCUUCUUGCCGGAAUUCUUCCUGCAAGGAUUUUUAUGCUUAUUCUAUCUAUUAACAGGGCACUGGAUUAUGUCACUUUUGUGUACUCCAUAUUUGUACUACAACGUGAGACUUUACACAUCGAAACAACACCUGGUUGAUGUCACUGAGAUAUUUAACUUGCUUCAAAGGGAGAAGAACCAACGCUAUUAUAAACUCGCGUACCUUGUUAUUCUCCUAUUUUUGUCGUUAUUCUGGAUUAUCUUCUCUGCAUUAGAAUACGAAGAUGAUUAACAGGAGCCUAGCAUCGUUCGCAAUCUGAGGUAUUUGUCGCUCUGAACUGUUGCCGUGCAUCGACUGCCCACAAUUUUUUUGUCUUUGACAAGCUCCUUCUGUUGUAAUUUGCAACUGAUACAACCAUGAUUUCCAGGGUUGUAGAAUUGUGAGAAUUUCAGGUGUGAUUUUAGAUAAAUAUAUAUUUUCAGGCA